AUGACCUCGCCAUGCGCGCUGGUUAAGGAACUCAUUGACAACGCCAUCGAUGCCAAAGCAACUGCCAUCGAGGUUAUUGUAUCUUCCAACACUAUCGACAGAAUUUCGGUGAAAGAUAAUGGUACUGGAAUUGACAUGGACGAUUUUUCGUGCCUGGGCCGACGAGCUCACACGAGUAAGCUAAGGGACCUGAGUGAGCUUGCCACCAUCGUGAGCAAAACUCUCGGGUUUCGUGGAGAAGCUUUGGCAAGCAUCAAUUCUAUGGCUGAUGUAGUCAUUAUUACAAAGAAGGCUGGCGAUCCGAUAGCCUGGAGGGUUGAGCUGACACAAGGAACUGGCGGCGUGAAAGACAAACGUCCAGUCUCCGCCACCGUAGGGACAACCGUGGCCGCCACCAAGCUAUUCGAGAACAUACCGCCACGAAAGCAGCAUUGUCUCAGUGAGAAGAACAAAAGUAUGCUCGGGAUACAAGAUAUCCUAAAGGCCACUAUUCUGUCUCGACCGCAUAUUCGAAUGUCGCUCAAGAUAAUAGGCGACAGCAAGCCUUUGUGGUCCUAUUCACCGAAACCCCCUCUUUCGAACCGAGAAGCUGUUCUGCAGCUAUUCGGUGCGACGGUUUUGGAAAAUUCCAUCGAGAUAAAUGAAAAGGCCCGGUCGGGACCCGUACAAGGAAACGCGUUUACCUCGGAUGAAUGGUCUUUUUCCGGCCGCAUUUCAAUACCAAGUUGUGGCCCAGAUGGCAGAAGGAGACCGGGAGUCUAUCUUGCAAUUGAUCAACGACCCAUGUGUAGUGAAUGGCAUGUUUCCAAGAAGAUGGUUGGCAUUUUGAGAUCAAAAAUAACCACUAUUUCUGGAGUACGGGCAGACGCGGCUCAAGGAGACCUAUUCAUGCAUCUAAACAUACAGUGUCCCUCUGCGAGCUACGAUGCCAACAUCGCGGCCCAGAAAGAUGAAGUAGCUUUCUCUGAUGAAAAAGUGCUACUCAGUAUGUUUGAGAGGGUAUGCGAAAAAAGUCUCGAAAAGCAUAGACACGCUCUGUUGCUUACAGAUUCAACAACCUCGUCGAAGAACCAGACUUGGAUCCUUACUAAUGGGACUGAGGACAAUGAGAACGGUGAAAGGAAUUCUGCACCAGGGGAUAAGUCAAGCGGAACCCAGUCACGUCAAUUAACCAGCAACAAGAUGGCUUCCUCAUUGCCGCAUCACCCAUGCUCCUCCUCCGACAAGAUCAGGACUGUCCUCAAAACCACUUUCAAAGUCAACAUGAGCAUAAGGGAUGAGGAAGAAUUAUCCGAUGACGAAAAUCAUCCGGGGCUUACUGAAGUUGAAAUUCCGCCGCGUGGUCCCUUCAACCGCUUAGGAGAUUGCCGUCGCAAGCAAAAUAUCCUUCAAUAUUUCCGACCUGCUGCAAAAGACGAGUUCCAAAUUGCGUGUGACAGUACGGCAACUUUGGCAGAUUCCCUUGAAGUUAACUGCGACAGCGAAUCGACCAAAUCUGGUCCGGCAAGCCGCCGUCCGCUGCAACCUCUGUCGGCGAGUGCGUUGAACAGGAUACGAGAUGAGGCUGAUUCGGGCCCAGAGGCGCCAGAAGAAGAUCUGACGGUGGUCUCGCAGACAACCAGUGGUCUGCGCGCACGAGUCCAGGGACUCGCCACACGGGGACUCGUGACACCAUCUCGGGAGUUGCUGCCACAUGGCCGUGGCAGGGAUCUUGAUUCGCUACCAACAAACAGCCAGAGCCCCGAGGGGCACGAGGAAAGGUCUCCUUUGAUGACGGCUUCACCGAGGAUCCCUACGCCGCCACGUUCAAAUUCUCGAUUCAGAGGUAGCCCCUCAAGCUUCUGGCCCGCCUCUCAUUUCUCGCUCAAUAGUGUCUCCCCCACGAGAGUAGAUAAAAGGAGAUGCGCCAACAGCGGUCAAAAUUCGCAUAUCGGCAAAUUUCGUAACGCAUCACUGCAGCAGUCAAGGGGACAAAGUGGCCCGAACAAUGCCUCCUACAAGCGCUCCUUCCAGGGGAUAGGGGUGUCCAGGGAAAGUGAACCAGCACACCAACGUUGCCUCUUCACCCGGGGCUCCAACAUGCUAUCCCAGGCGAUCAAACGCAUGGAAUCCGAAGAUAUUGACGAGCAUCAUGCAGAAGCGGAUCAGAUGUUCCGAUCAGUACCAGAAUGGCCGCUGGGGACUGGUGUAAUUGCGUCGCAGGAAACCCAGCCAUGGAGACUAAAUUCGCCCAGGGAACCUUCACGUGACGUACAGAAUCCGCUGGGUUGCAGACCAAGCGCGCCGCUUACUAAAAAUAGUUCGAAUCCCGGCGACGGGUGCAGACGAAGUGCAGAUGACGCAGAUGAUGCAUAUGAUGCAUAUGAUGCAGAUAUCCGGGUCAUCCAAACAGAAGCUGUAUCGGCCAACACAUGUUUCCGACCUGCUUUGCCUGUGGCGCGCGAGAGCUGUUCUGGUGAGAAUGAGACUAGCAGAUUUGAUGCAUCCGCUGGCUUGUACCACUGGACCACCACCCUAGCCUGUGGACAAGAUGAUAUUCGUCAGCGAACCAAUGAACAUGCCAAACUAGAAGCAUACAUAUCUCAUGGAAAGCUUUCAUUUGCCAGAGACAGUCGGACGGUUCUUUUGGCCCACGGGCAACUCGAGCGCUGCGUGAAUUCAUGGUUGGAGAGAAAUGACAUGUCUGGACAGAUUUACUACUACCACCAUGGUGACCACGGGCUGAAGUGGCGCGACUAA